CAACAUCCAGGAAACCCGUCACAUUGAACGGUUAAUUUGCCCUCUCCUUUCCUUUCUCUAACAUAUGACUGGGUCUAGUCAGCCAACCAGUGUGAGGAACGGCUCUGAGAACAUCGCUCGCCAUAUAAAAGCUGUGCUCGAGUUUGACUCAUCAUCAAACUUGUUUGAACUCACGACCAGCUCAUCACUGUCACCAUGCCUCCCAAAGUCUCCGGAAAAGCUGCCAAGAAGGCCGGCAAAGCCCAAAAGAACAUCUCCAAGGGCGACAAGAAGAAGAACCGCAAGCGCAAGGAGUCCUACGCUAUCUACAUCUACAAGGUGUUGAAGCAGGUCCAUCCCGACACUGGCAUCUCUUCCAAGGCCAUGUCCAUCAUGAACUCGUUCGUGAAUGAUAUCUUUGAGCGUAUUGCCUCUGAGGCUUCUCGCCUGGCUCACUAUAACAAUCGUUCGACCAUCACCUCCCGGGAGAUCCAAACCGCCGUGCGACUCCUCUUGCCUGGAGAGUUGGCCAAGCAUGCCGUUUCUGAGGGAACCAAAGCCGUCACCAAAUACACCUCCUCCAAGUAAACAUCCCAGGAGUGUGUUUCAAGCACCCAAAGGCCUUUUUCAAGGCCAAAAAUCCAUGUUUGACAGAUUUAAGCCUUCAAAUUAAGUUUGGUCCGCCAUUCACUAAGAUAUUAACUGUGAUCUGAUAAGGAAUGAAUUGUUUUGAACCCAG